AUGCCGAAACUAACUCAGAAGGAAUCUUUACCUCACAACGUGCUAAUCGCAACACUGUUAUUCUUAUGGGGUUUUUCAUACGGCCUCAUUGGUAUCCUUAAUAUCAAAUUUGGAAUGCUACUUGAAUUGAGCCCGUGGGCAACCAGGGGACUUCAUGCUGCCUACCAUGGAGGUUACUUACUUGGAGGCAUCUUCCUGGGGCGGCUAUUCUUAAACAAGUUGGGGUUUGCGGAUGCUCUCAUCGCCGGACUUUACAUAUACGCUUGCGGAGCGCUUCUUUUCUGGCCUUCCGCCGUCCUCGGCUCUUUACCAACUUUCAUCGUAUCCAACAUGGUGGUAGCAUUCGGGUUGGUCGUGUUAGAGACGACAGCAAAUCUUUUCGUUGCUAUAUGUGGGCCGCUCGAAUAUUCAGAAAUUCGGUUAUGUCUCGCCCAAUCCUUCCAGGGUAUGGGCAACGUGUCUGCUACGGAGCUGGCAAGGAGAUUCUUAUUCAAGAAUGCUAAGGAUACUACCGAUGUGGUUAACGCACAGUGGACAUAUCUAAUUAUCGCCUUUAUAUCAGUGCUCCUCUCAGUAUUAUUCUAUUACCUUCCUCUUCCGGAGGCUCCGAAUGAUGACUUGAGGCAAUUAGCUGCUCAGCGCCCUGAAAACCGUGCCAAAGUAUGGAAUAUGCGAACUUGUUAUUUUACUAUGGCAAUGGGGAUCGGCUCCCAGUUCUUUUAUCAAGCAGGACAAGAGGCACAUUUUGUGAAUUUCACCGACUAUGUGAAAUUCACUAGACCAAGCGCUAACAAUGUGGCGAUUAUUGAAGCCUCGAUGGACGCUAUCGUCUUAUAUAUCGGUCUGAUCGUUGUCGGAGCGCUUUGCAUGCAUACGACCGGUCUAGCUGCUGAUGCCAUGACAAUGAUAGUCUUUUUCUUUGAGAAUUGUAUCUUUCCUACCAUAUUUGCAAUGUCCAUGCGUGGAACAGCGCAACAUGCAAAGACUGCUGCUUCACUCAUGGCUGCAGCUAUUUGCGGUGGCACAAUUGGGCCGUUUGCACAGCUUGCUGCUGCUAUGAGCCAUGGUGAACCAUGGUUCUAUAGCGUCGCAACGGCGUUCUGGAGUGUUGGAGCUCUGUUCGUCAUAUAUCUCAACUUUGUGCCUCAGGCAAAGAGGCAGGUUGAUCCUAUACGCGAUGAUUAUAUCAAAGAGAAGUAGGAGUUCAUGAAUUCUUGGG